GAAAAACCCGACGGCGACAAACAUUCAGCGGCGACGCGAUCGGACGAGGGGCGGUCGCCGGGUUCGCUGCCCUUCUUAUUUUUGUUGUUUGGGAGAAAAAUCAGAAAAAAUUCCAUUGAAAAAUUGUGUUUGUUAGUACAACGAGACGCCAGAGAUGCCCUCGGACGUGGAGGAAACGGAGUACAGAGAGGAGGAGGAGGAACAAGGGGAAGGGGAAGAAGAAGAACAAGAUCAAGGUGAUUCAAAUGAAGAAGAACAAGAUGAAGAGUGGGGUGGAGGAAAGCGGAAAAGAAAGAAAAGCAAAAAGAGAAAGUCCUCCCGCGGUGACCGUGGGCGGAAGAAACGAAAGAAGAAAGACGAGAGUGAGAGUGAAGGUGAAUAUGAAGAAGAGGGUGGCCGUGUUGACUCGGACAAUCAGGAAGAGACCCCAAAAGGAAGGGGUCGUGGAAAGGGACGUGGGAGGCCUCCUGCAACUCCCACAGCAACUGUACCAGAAUCAAAUGAUUUCACAGGUGGAGGAGAUCAGAUGCCAACUGUUGCUGAGGUGUGUGAGAGCUUUGGGCUAAAUGAUGUCGAACUCGAGUACACUGACUCAGAUUUUCAGAACCUUACAACUUACAAGUUGUUCCAGCAACAUGUGCGUCCACUUCUUGCUAAGGAAAAUCCAAGGGUACCAGUGUCUAAGUUGAUGAUGUUGGUAGCUGCAAAGUGGCGUGAAUUCACAGCUCGCAAUCAGCAGCAGGAAGAGGAGGAGGAAGAUGAAAUUGUAGAAGAGGAGGAAGAAGAGGAACCAGAACCAGCACCGGUACAACAGAUAACACCCAAGGGUCGGGGACGCCCUAGAAAAGCCAAGGUCGAUGAAGAAGUAGAGGAAGACUUUGAUGAUGACAGUGAGGGUGUUGGUAAGAAGAAACGUGGCCGAAAACGCACUGCUACUGCAGAGGGAAAAAGCAAAAAGGGUGGAAAAGUUCCAACUUUGAAGAUUAAGUUAGGGAAGAGGAAGAAGGACACCUCGGAGGAUGAAUCAAGCCAAGACAGUGAUGCAGAGUUUGAGCAAAUGCUGGCUGAGGCAGAGGACAUGAACAAGGCAGAAGAUGAGGCAGAACAGCAGAAUGCACCCAAAAAGAAAGCCAAAACCAAGAUUGGCAACAAAAACAAACGUAAAAAACGUAUGAAGGCUAAGGAUGAGGAUGGAUAUGAGACAGAUCAUCAAGAUUACUGCGAGGUAUGUCAGCAGGGUGGUGAGAUCAUCCUAUGUGACACUUGUCCUAAGGCUUACCAUCUGGUGUGUCUUGAACCAGAAUUGGAAGAGGCUCCUGAGGGCAAGUGGUCAUGCCCCACUUGUGAGUCAGAGGGAGUCAAGGAAGAAGAUGAACAUAUGGAGUACUGUAAAGUUUGUAAGGAUGGUGGUGAACUUCUUUGCUGUGAUUCAUGUGUGAAUGCAUACCAUACAUAUUGCUUGUCGCCACCCUUGUUUGAAGUACCUGAAGGAGAAUGGACUUGUCAGCGUUGUGCUUGUGAGCCUUUGCCAGGAAAAGUCCAAAAGAUCCUAUUCUGGAGAUAUGUUGACCCUCCAAAGCCACCAGAGAAUUGGAAGGAGAUUGUUGGAGACAAAUGGGAAAAAUAUCAGUUCAAACAGUUGCGAGAGUUUUUGGUGAAGUGGGUUGACAUGUCCUACUGGCACUGCUCUUGGAUUUCUGAACUCAUGUUGGAUGUACAUCAUCCUCAGAUGUUGCGCUCAUACUUCAAAAAGUUUGAUCCAGAUGAGCCACCUGUACCUGGUAUGGAUGAUGAUGAUGAAGUAGGUUCACAAAGACGUGGCAAAAGCAUAGAUCCCAACUCCUUGGAAGAAAGAUAUUACAAAUAUGGAAUCAAGUCCACCUGGUUGAAAAUCCAUCGCGUGCUGAACCAUCGUUCUUUGCGGGAUGGAACUAUACAGUAUCUUGUGAAAUGGCGAGACUUGCCCUAUGACCAAGCUACAUGGGAAGAUGAGGAUGAGGAGAUCAUUGGCUUAAAAACUGCAAUUGAGUUUUAUCAUGAUCUGAGAGCAGCAUGUAAUGCUGAUGCUGUUGGUAAGAGUAAGAAGGGGAAAAAGAAAGGCAAGGCAAGGGCACGAGAAUUGGGCGAAGAAGAUCGGGAGCCCUCUUCACCCCGGCGAUACACUCCUCCUCCCGAUAAACCAGUAACAAACCUCAGUAAGAAGUGGGAGAAGCAGCCAGACUACUUGGAUAUGACUGGGCUCUCACUUCACGAGUAUCAGCUUGAGGGUGUGAAUUGGUUAAGAUAUUCUUGGGGUCAGGGAACAGACACCAUCUUGGCUGAUGAGAUGGGUCUUGGAAAGACAAUUCAGACAAUUGCAUUUUUGUAUUCACUGUACAAAGAAGGACAUUCCAAAGGUCCCUUCCUUGUUGCUGUCCCACUCUCCACCAUCAUCAAUUGGGAAAGAGAGUUCGAGAUGUGGGCCCCAGACUUCUAUGUUGUUACAUAUGUAGGCGACAGAGAAUCACGAUCUAUGAUUCGUGAGCAUGAAUUGUCAUUUGAAGAAGGAGCAGUGCGAAGUGCAUCAAAAGCCACACGUAUCCGUACAACAAAUGUAAAGUUCAAUGUACUUCUAACCUCCUAUGAGAUGAUCUCUAUGGAUCAAGCUUGCUUAGGAUCAUUAGAGUGGGCCUGCUUGGUUGUAGAUGAAGCUCACAGAUUGAAGAGUAACCAGUCUAAGUUCUUCCGUGUGCUGAACCAGUACAACAUCGUUUAUCGUCUUCUUUUAACUGGAACCCCACUUCAAAACAACCUGGAGGAACUUUUCCAUUUACUCAACUUCUUGUGUCCUGAAAAAUUCUCUGAUCUAUCUUCCUUCCAAAAUGAGUUUGAAGAUAUUGCAAAAGAAGAUCAGAUUAAGAAACUGCACGAUCUACUUGGACCUCACAUGUUGAGAAGAUUGAAGACUGAUGUACUCAAGAACAUGCCAACCAAGUCAGAGUUCAUCAUUCGUGUGGAGUUAUCACCACUGCAGAAGAAAUACUACAAAUACAUUCUUACUCGUAAUUUUGAAGCCCUUAACUCAAGAGGAGGAGGCCAACAGGUUUCUUUGCUCAACAUUGUCAUGGAUCUGAAGAAGUGUUGCAACCAUCCAUACCUCUUCCCAGCAGCAGCAGAAGAGGCUCCUAAGCUCCCAAAUGGGAUGUAUGUAAGCAGAGACCUUGUGAAGGCCAGUGGCAAGUUCAUUCUCCUGGAGAGUAUGUUGGAGAAGCUCAAACGUGAUGGUCAUCGUGUGUUGAUUUUCUCUCAGAUGACAAGGAUGUUGGAUGUUCUGGAAGACUUCUGUGAGGGCAUGGGCUACAAAUAUGAAAGAAUUGAUGGUGGCAUCACUGGUCAAGCUCGUCAAGAGGCCAUUGAUAGGUUCAAUGCUCCAGGUGCCCAGCAGUUUAUUUUCUUAUUGUCCACUCGUGCUGGUGGUUUAGGUAUCAACUUGGCCACUGCAGAUACUGUCAUCAUCUACGAUUCAGAUUGGAAUCCACAUAACGAUAUUCAAGCUUUCUCCAGAGCUCAUCGUAUUGGUCAGGCAAAUAAGGUGAUGAUUUACCGGUUUGUGACUCGUAACUCUGUGGAAGAAAGAGUCACACAGGUUGCCAAGAGAAAGAUGAUGUUGACUCACUUGGUUGUCCGUCCUGGAAUGGGAUCAAAAGCCACAAACUUCUCCAAACAAGAAUUGGAUGAUAUCUUGAGGUUUGGUACAGAAGAACUUUUCAAAGAAGAGGAAGGCAAGGAGGAUGAAGCUAUCCAUUAUGAUAACCAGGCUAUUGAGGAACUCCUUGACCGUACAAAGGAGGGUAUUGAACAGAAGGAGAACUGGGCUAAUGAGUACCUCAGCUCUUUCAAGGUUGCUUCAUAUGUUACCAAAGAAGGGGAAGAGGAGGAAAUGGAAGAUGUUGAGGUUUUGAAGCAAGAAGCAGAUAAUACAGAUUCCCUUUACUGGGAACGACUUUUGCGCCAUCACUUCGAGCAACAACAGGAAGAUCUGGCAAGAACACUUGGAAAGGGCAAACGAGUCAGGAAACAGGUGAACUACAAUGAUGCAGCAGAUGGUAGAGAAGAUCUUAGCUGGCAAGAACAAGGCUCAGACUACAACUCUGACUUCUCCAUGCCAUCAGACAAUGAUAAUGAUGAUGAGUUCGAUGAAAAGAAUGAAACUGAAGGAGGUCGUAGAUCACGCCGCCGUGGUGACAGAGGUGACCGUGAUCGUCCAUUGCCACCACUUCUUGCCCGAGUUGGGGGAAAUAUUGAAGUUCUGGGAUUCAAUGCCAGACAGCGCAAGGCUUUCCUGAAUGCAGUUAUGCGUUAUGGAAUGCCCCCUCAAGAAGCCUUCAACUCUCAAUGGUUGGUACGAGACCUCCGAGGCAAGAGUGAGAAGUGCUUCAGAGCAUACACAUCUCUCUUCAUGCGCCAUUUGUGUGAACCUGGUAAUGACAAUGCUGAAACAUUUGCUGAUGGAGUGCCUCGUGAAGGAUUAAGUAGACAACACGUUCUCACCAGAAUCGGAGUGAUGUCACUCAUUCGCAAAAAGAUUUCAGAAUUUGAGACAAUCAAUGGCCAUUACUCAAUGCCAGAAGCUCUAAAUAGGCCUGUUGAGCCAGCAGUAGUAGAUGGUGGCAAAAGCAACGGAACUUCUGCUUCUGGUACACCAGCAACCAGUGUAACUCCGUCUCCAGCACCAUCUGUGAAGGGAGAAUCAGAAGACAAGGAAGAGGACAAAAAGGAAGAAGCUAAGAAAGAAGAAGACAAGAAGACUGAAGAUAAAGAAAAGAAGGAUGAAAAGGAGAAGGAUGAAAAAGAAGAAGAAAAGAAGGAAGAGAAGGUAGAAAAGAAGGAGGAAGAGAAAACAGAAGGAGAAAAAGAAAAGAAGGAGGAACCUGCUGAAACACCUGAAGUGAAAGCAGAGGAAGAAGAAAAGAAAGAAACAGAACAAACUGAGAAGACUGAGAAGCCCGAAGAGGAGAAGAAGGAGGAACCAGAGAAGAUGGAAGUAGAAGAGACCAAGAAGGAAGAGGAGAAGAAAGAGGAAGUGAAAAUGGAAACUGAAGAAAAGGAACAGAAGGAAGAACAGAAGACUGAAGAGAAGGAAGAGGCUGAGGUCAAGGCCGAAAAAGUAGAAAAGACAGAGGAGGAUAAGGAGACGGAAAAGAAGGAAGAAGUCAAGAAAGAGGAGGAGGAAAAGGAAGAUGAGAAAGACAAAGAGAAAGAAAAGGAGAAGGAAGGAGAUAAAGAUAAGGAGAAGGACAAAGAUAAGAAGGAGGAAGAUGAAAAGAAAGAUUCCAAGAAGAAGGACGUGGAUUCCGUGGCAAAGAGAAAGUUCAUGUUCAAUAUUGCCGAUGGUGGGUUCACAGAGCUACACACACUGUGGCAAAACGAGGAAAAGGCAGCUGUUCCUGGUCGCGAGUACGAGAUCUGGCACCGCAGACAUGAUUAUUGGCUGCUUGCUGGAAUUGUUACUCAUGGGUAUGGAAGGUGGCAAGACAUCCAGAAUGAUGUCAGGUUUGCCAUCAUCAAUGAGCCAUUCAAGAUGGAUGUGGGCAAGGGUAAUUUCUUGGAAAUCAAAAACAAAUUCCUUGCCAGAAGGUUCAAGCUGUUAGAGCAAGCACUGGUCAUUGAGGAACAGCUGCGUCGUGCAGCAUUCCUUAACUUGCAACAGGAUCCUCAUCAUCCUGCGUGUACCUUGAAUGCUCGUUUCGCUGAAGUGGAAUGUCUGGCUGAAUCACACCAGCACCUCAGCAAGGAGUCCCUGGCUGGAAAUAAGCCGGCUAAUGCAGUCCUAAAUAAGGUGCUGAACCAGCUGGAAGAGCUGCUGUCAGACAUGAAAUCUGAUGUCACACGGUUACCUGCUUCUCUUGCCCGUAUUCCCCCUGUGGCCCAGCGUCUCCAAAUGUCUGAGCGUUCUAUCCUAUCUCGCCUGGCCUCAGGCGCGGGUAAUGUGGACAAAAGCGCUCAAGGAGCAGGUCAGAUUUCUACCACAUUCCCCGGUGGCUUCACCCCUACUGGUGCGCUGCCAACCCUGGGUAACGCCAACUUUGCUAACUUCCGACCCCAAUAUUCACUACCGGGAGCUGCAACAGGACCAGGUGUGCCAUCUGUGCAGGUGAGCAGCCUCCAGAGCCUGGGUGCAAGCCUUCACAUGCUUGCUGCCUCCAACCCUCUCCUGGACCCACACUUGAGCAUGCAGCAGCCCCCGACCUCUCACAGUGGGGCAAUAUCUGCUGCCACUCGAGCAUCCCUUCUUCUUCACCAACAGCAACAGCAGCAACUCCAGCAGCAUUCAGGAGAUACAAAAAACCUGAUAUACUUGGAUUAGAACCAAACAUGGGAUCGAUGACUUGUACCACAACCAGAUUUUAUUUUUAUUUGAUUUAGAUUUUGUUUUAAUUAUUUAUUUUGACCCUCCACCUAGAAAUGUGCAGUCAGUUUAGUCAUUCCGAGAGAUUUAGGCAGACUUGUUUGAAUUUAUGUAAUCUCAUUGAUGUAUAAGAUACCUGUGGUAGAUUUCCUAAGUGAUCUCAAAGGUCUUUGUAUCCACAAGAUCUAGUUCUUACUUUAAAGGCUUAAUGUAAGAUUUUUAUGUAAUGUCAACUAAAUGGUAACAUAAAAUACCAUUAGAA